AUGCCGGGGUCCGGGACCCGGGGGGAGGAAGGUGGCGGCGGCGAGGGGGCGGCGCCGGGGGCCAUCGCGGAGGCUGGGGCAGGGGCCGGGCGGGAGCCCGCGCGGCUGUGCGGCUACCUGCAGAAGCUGUCGGGCAAGGGCCCGCUGCGCGGCUACCGCAGCCGCUGGUUCGUGUUCGACGCGCGCCGCUGCUACCUCUACUACUUUAAGAGCCCGCAGGACGCGCUGCCCCUCGGCCACCUGGACAUCGCCGACGCCUGCUUCAGCUACCAGGGCCCCGACGAGGCGGCUGAGCCAGGCGCUGAGCCGCCCGCGCACUUCCAGGUGCACAGUGCGGGAGCGGUCACCGUGCUCAAGGCUCCUAAUCGUCAACUCAUGACUUACUGGUUACAGGAGCUUCAGCAGAAAAGAUGGGAAUAUUGCAACAGCCUUGACAUGGUGAAAUGGGACAGCAGCACUUCCCCAGCUCCUGGAGAUUUUCCCAAGGGUCUUGUAGCCAGAGAUAACACAGAUUUAAUUUACCCACACCCAAAUGCUUCUGCAGAAAAAGCCAGAAAUGUCCUAGCUGUGGAAAUGAUGCCUGGAGAGCUGGUGGGAGAACAAGCUGCAAGUCAGCCGGCCCCGGGGCAUCCAAAUUCCAUCAAUUUUUACUCUUUGAAACAGUGGGGCAAUGAGCUCAAAAAUUCAAUGUCAUCUUUCCGUCCUGGGCGAGGGCAUAGUGAUAGUCGGAAGACUGUGUUUUAUACCAAUGAAGAGUGGGAACUUUUAGACCCACCCUCUAAGGACCUGGAGGAAUCCAUGGUACAAGAAGAAAGAAAGAAGCAGAUGCCUGAGGGAAACAAAGGAGUAACUGCCUCAGGAUUCCCCUUUGACUUUGGACGUAACCCCUACAAAGGAAAACGCCCUUUGAAGGACAUAAUUGGAUCAUACAAAAAUCGUCACAGCAGUGGUGACCCUUCCAGCGAGGGGAUGUCAGGUGGUGGCAUAAGCAAACCAGCCUCUGAGUUGCAGCUGCAGGUUCAGAGCCAGCAGGAGGAACUGGAGCGACUGAGGAAGGACCUGUCCAGUCAGAAGGAGCUGGUUCGGCUGCUCCAGCAGACAGUCCGAUCAUCCCAAUAUGACAAGUAUUUCACAAGCAGCCGACUCUGUGAGGGGGUCCCUGGGGAUUUGCUGGAACUUCUCCAUCAAAAGGACGACCAGAUUCUGGGGCUCAGCAGCCAGCUGGAGAGGUUCACCCUGGAGAAGGAGAGUCUCCAGCAGGAAGUGAGAACACUGAAAAGCAAGGUGGGCGAGCUCAACGAGCAGCUGGGGAUGCUGAUGGAGACCAUCCAGGCCAAGGACGAGGUCAUCAUCAAGCUCAGCGAGUCUGAGGGCAGCGUGACUUCUCCCUCUUCUGGGCCUGGCUCCCCCUUGACCGCCCCAGUCAGCAAGGACCAGCUGGAACUGGACAGGCUGAAAGAUAAUCUUCAGGGGUACAAAACCCAAAAUAAAUUUCUAAAUAAAGAAAUUUUGGAACUCUCAGCUCUACGAAGAAAUGCAGAAAGGAGAGAGAGAGAUCUCAUGGCAAAGUAUUCUAGCCUGGAAGCCAAGCUCUGCCAGAUAGAAAGUAAAUACUUGAUAUUGCUUCAAGAAAUGAAGACACCAGUUUGCUCAGAAGAACAGGGGCCUGCCCGGGAUGUCAUAGCCCAGUUGCUGGAGGAUGCUCUGCAGGUUGAGAGUCAGGAGCAGCCAGAGCAAGCAUUCAUUAAGCCUCAUCUUGUCAGCGAAUAUGAUAUUUAUGGGUUCAGGACUGUCCCUGAUGAUGAUGAGGAAGAGAAGUUGGUGGCCAAGGUCCGAGCAUUAGACCUGAAGACUCUCUACCUCACAGAAAACCAGGAGGUUUCCACUGGGGUCAAGUGGGAAAACUAUUUUGCAAGCACAAUGAACAGAGAGAUGAUGUGCUCUCCAGAAUUAAAAAACCUGAUCCGUGCAGGCAUUCCCCACGAGCACCGUUCCAAGGUGUGGAAGUGGUGUGUGGACCUUCACACAAGGAAGUUCAAGGACAGUGCAGAGCCAGGCUACUUCCAGACCUUGCUUCAAAAAGCACUGGAGAAACAGAACCCAGCCUCCAAGCAGAUAGAGCUGGACCUGCUGCGAACUCUGCCCAACAACAAACAUUACUCCUGCCCCACCUCCGAAGGCAUACAGAAGCUGCGGAACGUCCUGCUUGCCUUCUCCUGGCGGAAUCCAGAUAUUGGCUACUGCCAAGGUCUAAACAGGUUGGUGGCAGUGGCCCUCCUGUACCUGGAACAAGAAGAUGCUUUCUGGUGUCUGGUUACCAUUGUGGAAGUUUUCAUGCCUCGAGACUAUUACACAAAGACUCUGUUAGGAUCCCAGGUGGAUCAGCGGGUGUUCAGAGACCUCAUGAGUGAGAAGCUGCCUCGAUUACAUGCCUACUUUGAGCAGUACAAAGUUGACUACACCCUCAUCACAUUCAACUGGUUUCUGGUGGUUUUUGUGGACAGUGUUGUUAGUGACAUCCUUUUUAAAAUAUGGGACUCUUUUCUUUAUGAGGGACCAAAGGUUAUUUUCCGUUUUGCCCUGGCACUUUUUAAAUACAAGGAAGAGGAGAUCCUGAAAUUGCAAGAUUCAAUGUCCAUAUUCAAGUAUCUCCGUUACUUCACUCGUACUAUCCUUGAUGCAAGGAAACUGAUCAGCAUCUCCUUUGGGGACCUGAACCCCUUCCCCCUGCGCCAGAUCCGGAACCGACGUGCCUACCACUUGGAGAAGGUCCGGCUGGAGCUGACAGAGCUGGAGGCCAUCCGCGAGGACUUCCUGCGUGAGCGGGACACCAGCCCUGACAAAGGCGAGCUGGUCAGCGAUGAGGAGGAGGACACCUGAGUGGACGCCUGUCCCUGCUGCUCUUCCCUUCACAACCAAAGUGUAUCAGAAGUGUGAACUGCAGGGACAUCUCUGCUUGUUUAAAUGCCAGACUGUAACAUCUGUGGUGUCUGGGAAUCUGCUGAGCAGAUGUCCAAGCCAGACUGCACUUUCUUAGUUCCCAUUUGGGAGCAGGGUCUCAUUUGUUUACAGCCAUCUUCAUGCCAUGACAUUUGGCAUCAUGGUCAGGUUUUUUGCCUGAUUAGUGAAUCACCAUGCACUUAACCAGUUGGCUGUUUCUAAGAACCUGUUUACAGCAUCUGUCAGCUGUGUUGGUGUUUCACCCUGUGAAAACCAUACUUUGCUGGACCUCUCCCAGGUUCUUUCUUUUGUACAUAGGAGGCCAUUGUGUGUGUCAUAGGGCUUCAGAGUGUGGCUGCUUCAGGUGGCAUGAGGUCAGUGUGAAAUGAGGGACUUCCUUAGAAAAGCAGGCACAUCCCUUGUUCAGAAACGGCCUCCUUGAAAAGCCCAGGAAUCCUCUGCUGGGAGCUCCAGCUGCCAGCCAUGCCCCACCUCUGGACUAGCUUUGGCUAGGCCAAGCCCACACAGUCUUUGAAAACAGUAGCUCCCACCCUGCGUGGGGAGGGCCUGGCUCUGCAGCAGCCCCUGCACUUCGUCUCCAGCUCAUGACUGUAAGCCAUACCUGUGCCUCACACGGCUCUGUGAGCUUCUGUGGAAUGCUUUUCUUUUCAUCUGGGACUUGGCUUGGAGAAGCCAUUCUCCAAGUGUGGCUUGAAUAGGAUUCCAAGUCAUCUAUAAGCUGCACCCUGGCAUGGCCCCGGUUGAGGGAGACAGAGGAAGUUUUUGGGGGGUUGCUUUUCAGGAUGGUGGUACAGCUGCUGGGUGAUCCCUACUGCAUGGCAGAAACAUCGGCCUCCCCAGAUGGAGCCAUUGUUCCUGAUGUCUGUCACUUGGCUGGCAGGUGUGGGAGGCUGCUCCCAGGUCUUUGCUUAGUGCUAAGGCUUGGGCGAGCUCUCCUAGACAGUCUCACUGCACCCCCCGCCCCCCGCUCCACUAUCCCCCACUGAACACCCUUGUUCUCAAGCAAGGAUUGGGGUCACUGUGGCCUCUUGAUGUUGGGCUGCCUAGGCGGUUUCUGGGGACUCAGUACUGUCUUUUGAAACUGGGAGAGAGAUGUUGAGUAAGGAAAGUUGUUUUUGCUUAAUUCCUCUGGAUCAUCCCUGAUGUGUGGAUGUCAUGAGAGAAUGUUUUCUGGCACAGUAUUACACAAAUGCAAGAGAAACAGUCUUAAGUGGAAUAUUUUACACUACCUGGACACAAAUCAGAAACAAUCUUUAGUUGAUAUAAACACACUCAGACUAAGAAUGGAAGCAAUGCAAUUUCAAGAAGUGUUUUUUCCAUAACGUAUGGUUUUCCUAUUAUUUUUUACUGUCAACUUCCUAUCAGUUCAUGGCUGAGUUGGUAAUUCAUACUAGAGCAAGCUCAACUUCUUGGGCUUAACUGCCUACUUUCUUACCUUGUAGAGGGAGCUGGUCUCUGUAUUUAGCCAAAAGCCUUUUCUCUUUUGAGAUAUCAGGAAUGUGUUUAUCAUUGUGUGCAUCUUUGGAACAGCUGUUUGAGGCCCGACUUCUUCAGGAAGCCAACUCGGGAGCCGGGCAGGCAUUGUGGUCUCACUGUUGUUCUGGGGACUGCUGGGACCAAGCACUUGGAGAACCCCUACCCCCACCUUGUGAAGCAGUGGCUGUCAGCCUAGGGAACAGCUGUGAGGAGGUGCAGGGGACGAGGGCCCAAGGGUUAGCUCUAGCUGCCCUCAGCUUUUAGUUUUCAAGUCAGUUUCCCCCUGGAAGAUGCCAGCCCAAACUGCCCUAUAUUGGGGCUAAAAUGAUCCCUUUAGGAAUGGACUCAUUUUAUCUAGUUUGCCCUGAAAAAAUGUAUCUUAAAAAGCAUCUGGUGGAGAUGGGGGUAGCUAGGUGGUGGAGCACCUGCCUAGCAAGCAUGAGGCAGUGAGCAAGAGAGAUCCCAGAGGAGAUGGACUGGGAACACUUUCUUGAAAUUUCUUUCUGGAAUAAAGUGCUUAAUGUCCAGAGGGCUGAGAGGAAAUGGAUGGCCUGGUUCCAGUUUGGGGACAGGAUGGAGUGACUCCUCCUUCCAGACCCUUAGGUCCCACUGAUUUGAGCCAACACUUCCCCUUCCCUCCUGCUACUGAGGAAAGACCUCUUACCCUCCAGUGCGCCAGGUACCCCUACCUCCACCAGCCACCAUGGCAAAUGCCCCUUCUGGCAGGGGCUGCUCCAUACUGCUGUUCAUCUGAACCUUUGCUCCACAGCCAGCCCAUGGCCCUUGUGUGGUGGCCCUUGCAGGCUGAGACACGGCCCAGAAACUGGAAAACCCAAAGGGUGGCCUCCAGCCUGCUCACCUAGAUGUAGGUGCCAAGGCAAGGGAAGCUCCCUCACAUCCAGUGGCAAUUCCCAACUCUUAAAUUGAUGGGGUUUUUAAUGGGUUGAACCUGUUAAUACUUUUGUAUAUUUUCACUACAGUUUAUAUUUUUAUAGGAUAUUUUAUCAAGGUUUUUCUAGAUUCUGUACAUCUAUUUUAUAUAACAAGUUCUAUUUUGUGUGCACAACUCCCAUGUAUGUAUUUAUGUAAACCUGAGCCUCCGGAUUGUUCUUCCCUCUGUGCCUCCUUUGCCUCCAGCCUUGACUCUCUUCUGCUUGGCCCUUUCCUCACCCUAGGUAGCCUCAGCCACUACCUGUAGUCAUGCUGAUAGCAGACUAUAGAUUGCUGGGAACAAUUCUGGUUUCAACUACAUUAUAUUGAUAUAGGAAGUACUCUAGGCAAGUACCCAGUCUUUUAUUUUUUUUUAAACUAAAUGUAUACUACACAGUAGCUUUGCAGUAUUAUCAUCCCCCAUAUGACCAGGCAGCUGAAUGCUGGGCCUGCCUGGGGAAGUUCCCCCAGGUGAGAAGCUGGAUGCAAAGCCCCAUGUGUGCCACUGAGUAUUCCACCCCUGCCUGGAAGCUGGAGACAAGGGUGACUGUCCAUUUAUAUCACAGCAGCUUCUAUGCUGUCUUCAAGUAUAAUUCAAAAAUCAUAAAGGAAAAAAUAAAAUAAUUUGUGAAAGGCAGUUAUAGUUCCUUGUGACAGGCCUGCCCCAAGGGUUUAGAGAGUGGGACGGGCUAGGAUGGCAGCCUUUCCAACCUGCCAGCCUGGUGAUUCUGUGUGUCCCUGCCCUUGGUUCUGACGGGGUAGAACAGUAUGUGUUUGUCAGCAGUGGUCAUUCUGGGAGACCCUAAGAGCUGUCACCAAGCAGGUUGAGGGCUGAGGGCAGAGCCUGGGAGCCAAAGAGGAACACUGUUGCUGUGCCUGGAGAAGCCCCUGCCAGACAGCAGGCGCCCUCUUCCCACCAGCUGUGCCGUGCCCUGCCUGAGUCACAGUUUGUUUGCCUCCUGCCUGGGCUGACAGCUCAGGCCCAGCUGCCACUGGGGACACCCCCAGCCAUCAUUGGAAAAACACAAAAAUGAUUAAGACCAAAUGUCUUUCCAUAAAGCAGGGAUUGGGAGGGUAGCUCAAGUGAGAUUCCAGAUAGAGCAGGCUAUGACCUGGGAUGCUGCUUUCUCCUCUGGGAACACAGAUUCAGCAAGUCUGGAGAUUCCCAAGGUCACAAUAGUAAUGGCAGAGCUGAGACCCCAGGGCUCUGCCACUGUUCCAGACCCCACUUCCUAUCCCUUGUAAGAGGUUGCCACUGAGAGCAGUUUUGAUUAAGCCCUGGGAAACCAUUACUCAGAGCGUGAGUCCCUCGGGCCUCCUUGGGCCAGCAGGGCUGCUACAAACAGACAGGAAGUGAGCCUGACACGCUUCCACCCUCUGUGUGGUGCUCGGACUCAUGCAUACUCCCAGUGACUUGCUUUCCUGAGUGACCUCUGACAGACUGCCCUGAGGGCCUCGAGGGGAUCCUCCUCCUGCCUGGUCAGAGGGUUGAACUGCUGAGGGCAGUCCAGAGCUCAGAACAGGAGAUGGGGACUUGAGGCCUCCACUGGGCCUGUGUCACCAAGAUAUGUGGCCUUGGGCCAGUCACUUCCCUCAGAGCUGUGGGCUUCUCACCUGAAAAUGGGAUGUGUUCAGGACCAGAAGGUGUGAGCAUAGGGGACUGGAAGCACAGCUGGGCACACGGCCUCCUUACCCCUACGGGCAGCUGCCCCUGCUCCCCACCCACUCCUCAGCCCCUCCAGGUAGGGCUAGGCCUGCGACACAGCACUGAUUAGUUCAGCCCUCUUACACUGUUUGAAGGUCUCAAUCACCAAGGAGUGAUUUCCAAUGUAUUCCCCCAAUUCUGAGUGGCCAUGGCUCAUGCCUAAUGCCACUUGCAUGGCUGCAGGGCCCAUUCACCUUAGAGGCUGGGAGAAUAGAAUGUGAGAAGUGUCCCCUCUUGGAACUUCAGUGCCCCAAACUUAGAAAAGGAGUAUAACACUCUCUGGGAGGAGGACUUAGGAGGAAAUGUUAAGAGGACCAGGCCCAAGGCUCACAGCUGGGGGAAGGGGCAGACAUGGGCUGGAAAAAGGCCCUUGUUCAGCCCUUCCCCACUCCCUGCCCCCUGCCAGGGCCCAGCACCCUCUUCAAAGCAACUUCAUGCCCAGUUGCUUCCUGCCAUGUACACCAGAGUCUUGCUCUAGGGGACCAGGUUUUAUAGGUGGGAAAGGAACACCCUGAGUCAGCCUCGACUGGCCCAGUCCCAUCUCUAAGCAUGGAGAUGGAGAUAAAGGAAAGGGACAAGUGGGGACCAAGAAGGAUGAGACUGGCUAGUCUGCUCUUCCCCUCUCCACAGCUUUGUGCAGAAGAAUUAAAGUGAGAGUGUCAGAGGUGCCCAUGGGCAUUCCAGACCCCAUCAAUCACAGGUAGUCCUGUGGUUGACAAGGUAGCCUUUAUUAUUCGACAGUGCAUACAUGUCUCUGAGGACCUUAGAGUGGGGGUCCCUGGGGAAAGGGCUGGUGUAUGUGGUUAUGGGGUGCUGCUAGCAGGAGGCAUUAGGUAAGGGGUGUAGGGACUGUCGGG